CAGCGAGGGGGCGGGGCGCAGAUCUGUUUCCCUCAGACUCCAUCUGCCCGGAGCCGCUAAGGGAGCGCAAGGUCAAGUUCGCCUUGGCCCCGCCUCCAGCUCAGGUACUAGGGGGUCUAGACCCGAGGCUGCCCGGGCCGGAGGCAGCCUUGAGUCCCGAGACCAAACGUCGUUUCCCUCUCGGACCUCGGGCGCCGGGCCGCGCGCUGACCGACAGCCCCUGCUAGGCCCAGCAGGUCCCCUAGUCCCCCGCAGUCCCCCGAGACUCGCCGAGCGCCGUUGCUGAGCCCUGCAAAUAGCAGCAGGGUGGCCACUGCAACAGGUGUGGAUGUGCCUGACAAGAUGAAGUGCCGAAUACCUGUGGUGCUCCUGGCCUGUGGCUCCUUUAACCCCAUCACCAACAUGCACCUGCGCAUGUUUGAGGUGGCCAGAGAUCACCUACACCAAACAGAAUAUGAAGAAAAGGACCAUGAAGUUGCACUUGUUUUUCCUGGACCUCAGUCUAUCUCAAUAAAAGAUAUUUCUUUUCAUCUGCAAAAAAGGAUUCAAAAUAAUGUUAGCAGCAAAAAUGAUGACCCUGACAAGUCAUCUUUUAAACGCAAAAGAACUGAAGAACAAGCAUUCUGUGAUUUGAAUGACAGCAAGUGCAAAGGCACAACACUGAAAAAAAUUAUAUUUAUAGAUAGCACCUGGAAUCAAACAAACAAAAUAUUCACUGAUGAGCGACUUCAAGGAAUGUACCAGGUCAUCCAGGGUAUCAUCUCUCCUGUCAACGACACCUAUGGGAAGAAAGACCUCGCAGCUUCUCAUCACCGAGUGGCCAUGGCCCGGCUGGCCCUGCAGACAUCCGACUGGAUCCGGGUGGACCCCUGGGAGAGUGAGCAGGCACAGUGGAUGGAGACAGUGAAGGUGCUGAGGCAUCAUCACAGCGAACUGCUCAGAUCUCCACCCCAGAUGGAAGGCCCAGACCAUGGCAAGGCACUCUUCCCGACCCCUGCAGCUGUGCCUGAGCUGAAGCUUCUCUGCGGGGCAGACGUCUUGAAGACCUUCCAGACCCCCAACCUCUGGAAGGAUGCGCACAUCCAGGAAAUAGUGGAGAAGUUUGGCUUGGUGUGCGUGGGCCGAGUAGGUCAUGACCCAAAAGGUUACAUCUCAGAAUCUCCCAUCCUACGGAUGCACCAGCACAACAUUCACCUGGCCAAGGAGCCUGUGCAGAAUGAGAUCAGUGCCACGUACAUCAGGCGAGCCUUGGGCCAAGGGCAGAGCGUAAAGUACCUGAUUCCCGAUGCUGUCAUCACCUACAUCAAGGACCAUGGCCUCUACACCAAGGGCAGUACCUGGAAAGGCAAAAGCACCCAGAGCGCUGAGGGCAAGACAAGCUAGGGAGGGGGGACUCAGCACCCACACCUCCUCCAACAAGCUCCUGCUGGGGAGAGGGCUGUUAAGGUUUCUGUUUUACUUUGGUUUUUGCUUCUCCAUUUUUAAUUUGCUUUAUUUCUACAGUGAUUCUACUUCUGAGGAGUCUUCUGUCCCAGGAAGAGAUACCUUCUUUACAGGAGAGGAAAGGUCUAAAUCACAAGGAUAGACAUUUAUCAAAGAAGUUAAAAUGGUGUGGCCGGUCAUUAGGAUUAGGCAGAAUCUCUCAGAGCUGCUGGACAAGGAGGUCUACUUAUUUUGUGUGGAUGGUAAUUAUGGCAUGCACGCUGAAUGCAGUUCUGAGCAUGGCAGUGGCCCCUGAGGGUCAGAUCAGAAUUACCCACAAUGUGUUUUUUAACUAGGACCAGGUGCAGCAUGCUAGUCUUGAUUGGAAAGAUUUGACAGGAUGCUAAUUACUGAACAGUGGGUUUUGUCAACGCCCUGGUUUCAGAAUAUGAACUGAGGAGUCAAACAGUUGGAAACAGCACAUUGCUGAUUUACACUGGAUCUUGCCUUACAAACCAUUGUCUGCCUGCCUAACCAGCCUUUCAUAAAAUUUAAACAAAACUCUUUCUACGUAGUGAUCCUCAAGGAAUAUUUUUGAUACAGCAAGUGUCAAACUUGCUAUAGCAUAAAAGCCAGGGCUCCUGAUUUCCAGGUUUCUAAAAAGGAACUGAGGUAAAACAGAUGCCUGACCAUUUUAAAGGAUCUUUUUUAAUGUUUUAUGACUGCCUGUCUGUUUGAAUACUGGCAAAGGGAUAAAUAAUAAAUUGACAUCAAAAAGUACUAAUGAAAAA